AUGACAUUCAUUUUAGUAUUUGGACAGUUUUGCCUCUACCUUUCUGUCGUAUUUCAACUUUGGACCUUCUUUGAUAGAAAACCAAGAAUGAAAAGAGAUGAAGAUGCAAUCAAAAAGGAUCAAUUUAUGAUCCGCUUACUUCCAAUUGUUGCUAUCACUCUAUUUACAUCAUGCUUAUUAGUUUGGGCAGUUAUUGGCUUACUUUUAGGUUUUGAUUCAAAUCCAAUAAAAGUUAUUGGCAAAGUCUCGGGUUACGUUGCUUUUGUCAUUGAAAUUAUCCAAUUCAUUCCACAAACCGUGACAACAAUCAAAUUACGCGAUCACGGUGCUCUCUCCCUUUUGAUGCUUGAGAUUCAAGCACCAGUUAACCUCGCAAACGCUUUCUACAUGUGGCUCGGCGCUCAUGAAGAUUUCACAACGUUUACUGCAUCACUUGCCGAUGGUAUUUGGGAAUUUAUCAUUCUUGCACUUUGUAUCUACUUCAAGUCUCAUCCAUUACAUAAGAAAGAAAUCUCAUCCGAAUCUAUGUCGGAAAUUCAUUCAUCUCUUAUUUAA